AUGGCGUCCGAGCGACUCUCGAGCCGGCCCGCCUGCCUGCUCGUGGCCAGCGGCGCCGCAGAGGGUGUGUCUGCCCAGUCCUUCCUCCAGUGUUUCUCGCUGGCCAGCGCCACGUUCAACCUGCAGGUGGCCACCCCUGGGGGGAAGACCAUGGACUUCGUGGACGUGAAUGAGAGCAAUGCUCGCUGGGUGCAGGAUUUCCGCCUCAAGGCAUAUGCCAGCCCUGCCAAGCUGGAGUCCAUUGAUGGUGCCAGGUACCAUGCCCUCCUGAUUCCCAGCUGUCCCGGGGCGCUGGCCGACCUGGCCAGCAGUGGCUCCCUGGCCCGCAUCCUCCAGCAUUUCCGCUCAGAGAGCAAGCCCAUCUGUGCGGUUGGCCACGGCGUCGCAGCCCUGUGCUGUGCUACCAACGAGGACCGAUCCUGGGUCUUCCAAGGCUACAGCGUCACAGGGCCCUCCGUGUAUGAGCUCGUCAGGGCGCCUGGCUUUGCCCGCCUGCCCCUCAUCGUGGAGGACUUUGUGAAGGACGCGGGCGCCAGCUUCAGUGCCAGUGAGCCUGACGCCGUGCACGUGGUGCUGGACCGCCACCUCGUCACGGGCCAGAAUGCCAGCUCCACUGUCCCAGCCAUGCACAACCUGCUCUUUCUCUGUGGCAGCCGGUGA